AGGCGCGGCAUAGCAGAUUACACACAUUGCAGAGAGAUGAUGAUGGCUGGACUGAGGGCUAGAGCUGUGGCUGAGCAGCUUCGGAUUCUGCUGACACAGGGCGCCCGGCAAAACAGGUGUUGUGUAUGUGCAUACAGUGCAGCUCCUCAGCAGAGAAGUGCUGGAGACCAGACCACUGCAGAUGAUGGCGCUGUGGGUGACAGAUCCUACUCUGUGAGGACACUAGAGAGGAGAGCCAUAAAACUAGAGGAGGAAGUGCGAGACUUAACAGAGCGUCACAAGAGGGCUUUAAGUGAUUCUGAAAAUGUCAGAAAAAGAACUCAGAAGUUUGUGGAGGAUGCAAAACUAUUUGGCAUCCAGAGCUUCUGCCGUGACUUGGUGGAGGUGGCUGACAUUCUGGAGGAAGCAGUUGACCAAGCCACCAAGGAAGGAAUGAAAGACAUGUCUGAUAUCUUGUCUAAGGUUGAUGGGAAACUGCAGAGUGUUUUCACUAAGCAUGGACUACAGAAAAUGACACCAGUGGGAGGUGACUACGACCCUUAUGACCAUGAAAUUGUCAGUCAUGUUCCUUCUGAGGGAAGAAAACUUGGAAGUGUAGCAACUGUAAUACAGGAUGGGUACAAGCUGCAUGGCCGUACCAUUCGUCAUGCUCAUGUCAGUAUAGCGGUGGAGACGCAAGAGUGACAAAUACUGACUGAAGAUCCCCUUCUAUGUUCCUCUGAAAAGCCCCCCUUAUUUAUUGCAAUUUGUUUAUAGUAUAGACUGUUAUUCUCUGUCAUCCCAGAGAAUGUAAAGCCUCUUCUCAAGGUUCACCACCUUGGGAUUACAUUUUCUCGUGGAGUGCCUUAGUGUCAUCUUCUCAUGCGCUACAAAUAUCUUUGGGAUUGAAGGACCGUGUCACAUUUUUAUUUAUUUUGGCCUAUUGCUUAGAAGGCAGAAAUAAUGUUAUAUAUGAAUAUAUAUGCUAUUACUGAAACUCUAUGUAUAUCCUAUAGAAUGUUAUUUGUGAUACUAUCCCUAGGGGAUGGAGAUAUUUACUACAGCAAAAAAAACUGGCUUUCUUUUUCGUGGUCA